GGUACCGCCAACUCGUUCAGACACACGUCAACAUCUUCGCAGCGCCAGCGGAGAGUCGACGCCGCGAUUGUCUGGGACGUCGGCGCUUGGCCUGGAACGCGCCCCUUCGGUCACACGUCCAUUGCGCUGCGUGACAGUGUUUUGCCCCGAUAGAGCGUGGAUGCACGCUUCUUCAGGAGCAAACGCGACGUCGGUUGGCCGAGACGGACGAGCUUGCCGCUCAGCAUGAAUUCCCAUAAUGUAGGAGGAGGGGGGACAAAUGCCACCCUCAAUCCGCAGAUGAUGCAGGCCUUGCUGAUGGCUCAGCAACAGAACCUUCAGCAAGCCCAGCAACAAUAUGCCGCCACUCAGCAACAACAACAUCCGCAAAGUGCUGGCCAAGCGGUCGGCGGAGCAGGGGGGCCUGGCGGAGCCAUUACGCAGCUUGGUCUCAUGAUGCCUGGAGGAGCAGGAGGAGGAGGUGAUGGUGGUGGUGGCUCUACCGCUCCUCUCAAUCCUCAAAUGCUGUUGCAGCAGCACUAUGCGCAACAGCAGCAGCAGCAACAACAGCAGGGGCAUCAAGGGCAGCAAAUAGCAGGAGUUUCCAACACCGGUGCAUCUCAACAACACUUUGGCCAAGCGUCUUUGCCAAACAUGACACCACAACAGCUGCAUAUUAUGCAGCAAUUCUUGCAAAAGCAGCAGCAGCAGCAAGCACAAAAUGAUGGGUCGCCUCAGAUGAUGCAACAACAGCCCCAACAGCAACAGGGCGCGCCGAGCGGCAUGCUGCCGCCUGCGCUCGUGCAGAGGGCGCAACAGCAGCCAGGUCAAGGGACAUCGUCCAUCAUUGGCUCCCCUCAUGUGGCGAACCAGAGCAGACAAGCAAGCACAGCCAGUCCGGGGCUGGGGAAUCAACCACAUCCCUCUGCAGCGCAACAGCAGCAGUCUGGUCAGAAAGGCUCCCAACCGCAGCAGCCUGGAGGCGGUCCUUCAUCUGCUGGAGGGGGAGGACAACAGCUGCAACAAGGUGGUAACGCAUCUGGCACCCCCCCCAAUAUUGCUGCGCAGCUCUCCACGCCUCAAGCAUGCCUUGCGCUCUUGCAAUCUGUCCUGCCAAAUAUGCUGAAUCUGCAAAAGCAAUGGCAAACCAUUUUGGCGCAGCCGGAUGGACCGCAGAAGACGGCGGCGCAGGGUCAUCUCGCUGCCUCCAUGCGGCAGCUGCAGAAUUACAGGACCACAGCAAUGGACACGUUGCGGAUACGCUUUGGCGUACCGCCGCAGCAAAUCGAGGUGAUGGUCAAGUCGCUUCAGCAGCAGCAGCAGCAGCAGCAGCGGCAGCGGCAGCAGCAGCCACAGCAACAGGCUGAGCAACAGCCACAGCAACAGGCUCAGCAACAGGCUCAGCAACAGCAACAUGCUCAGCAACAGGCUCAGCAACAGGCUCAGCAACAGGCUCAGCAACAGGCUCAGCAACAGGCUCAGCAACAG